AAGCCUGCGGGUAGAGCGGCUUCUCCGGGGGUGGCCUUCGGUGUCGGUCCCGAGGGGCGGGAGCGUGACCUGGCGCUCCGAGGGGCACAGGCCCUGCCUCCGCUCUGCUCCACGCCAGCGCCCAGGGCUGAAUCCGGGGUGCCUUGGUCCUGCCCCCUCCCCCCGGUGGGGCCGCGCCUCGAGCCUCGCUGGAGGCUCUGCACGAGCCUGGAGUGGGAGGGCGGAGCGGGGCCGGAGCCGCCGGUGGCCGCGCCCGUCACCCCGCCCGUGACCCCGCCCGUCACCCCAGCCGGGGAGGUGCAAGGCGCCCGGAGGAAGCGGGCUCCUGCUCCUGGGUGGGAACUGGCCCGGAGGAAGGCUCGCGACAGCCACGGGGUGGGGGCGCUGAGGACCUCUCCGAGGCAGACGUGCUGUGUGCCUGGGCUCCUCCAGGGUGGUCUGGGGGCCUGGCCGCCGCUGUGUGGGCAGGGAGAGGACCCAGGCCAGGGGCCGCCCAGAGGGGGUGCACACCUUCCCCGCCAAGAGCGACUAGAUGGUGGCCCGGGGUGGCUGAGUCUCGCAGACCUGAGCGGCUCCACGGGGCUGAGUCAGCCGCCCAUCAGAGAGGGCAAGGCCGGAGGCGCCCUGGAGAGAAGCACUCCCUGAAGACAUGGGCCGGUGGCCGCCGCCGCGUCGGGUCCCCGCCCCGUGUGCGGAGCCAGGUAGUGGGCACACGUGCCCCUCAUGGGACCUGGGGAGCCAGAGGUCGGAGGAAGGGAGCCAGGGCCCGGCAGCGGCACGUGUGGACUCUGGGUGCUUCUCCAGAGGCCCCGAGGGCGUCCGUCCUGGCACUGCCUCUGGGCGUCCCGAUUACUCCCCAGUGCUGGUAUCCUGAGCGCUGCCCCCAGGCCCCACACGCCCCCCACGGGCCCCAGAGCUGGUCUGGUCGCAUCCGGGUGUAUGUGCCCGUGCACACGACGGCGGCUGCAUCCGUGUGGUCUGUCCGCCUUGCCGUUUGUGUCUUGUCUGUUUGCUCCCCUAGAGGGUCAGGGACCUGGGACACCUUAGCACUGGGCAUGCUGGUAGAUAAGUAAGCGUUUUGGGGAGGACGGUGAGCCCCUCAGGCAGUCUCCUGGUGCAGUCCAGGUGGAGAUGGGUCUGAAGCUGUGGCAGUGGAGGGAGGCCGACCGGACCCGUCCAGAACGCAGGAUCAAGCCGUUUCUGCAGGCAGGUCUCCAGGGUGGUGGGGGAGGGGUCACGCAAGUCUCUGGAGCCUGUUUCAGCCCCUGUAGGGCUGUAGCCUCCCGGCCCCCCCAGUUUCUCAUCUGUCCUGAGAAAGCCCUGAUACGUCUCUGUCCCUGAGCUCGUCUGGGGUUCCUGGGGCCGGGGCCCAGUGGAUCAGCACCUCCCUCCUCCCUCUGGCCUCUAUUUACUCAUCCGGCAAACUUCCCUAAAGCCGGGCAGGGCGUCGGGCACCAGUGGCCAGCUGUGCAGCCCUGCCCGGGACGGCUCCCCGCUCCGAAGUGUGUCCUGUGGGCAAAGCUCUUGUGGGCAAAGAUGGAGAGUUCUGUCCUGCUCCAAGUGCCUCUGGACAGGGAGGCAGACUCACCCUUCUUACCUGGGCGGCCGGGCGAGGCUGCUCCUGAGGCAGCUUCCAGGAGUGGCCCCUCUUCGGGUGUGGGAACCCCACAUGGAAUUUUCUCUUCCCUGAGCCUCCGUGUUGUUGGGAGGAAAGCUGGACAGGAGGCCAGGGACUUAGGGACACACGGCAGUAAACACUCUUUGGCUGAACCCCGCGUCAGCAAGCUGAACCCAUGCUACCUCCUGCUGCCAGGCUGGAGACCAGCUGUGUCCCGGGGCUGAACGCUGAGCUCCACGUGGCCUUGGGGACCGGCUGGAGCCUACCCCUGGAGGGAGGGGAGGGGCGGGCUGCUAGAGUUUCAGGUUUGUUUAUGCCUCUAGAAGGCACCUUGGGGCCGAGGGUGUGACGUGGGGCUCAGCCUUGACAGUCAGCAAGGCUUGGCUGGGAGAGGGUUUCCCGGUUUUCCUCCUGCUGAGGGUGGUAGGAGGGGGUUGGUUCUACAGUCCCAAGCCGGCCUGGGGUCUGGAGAUUCUUGCCCCGGUGUUCUGGGGGAGGUGCACCACGGUCCCCAGCAAGCCUGGGCCAGCAGUAUACCCGCAGGCGCACAGGAGGGGCAGUUCACACCCAGGGCUGGCCUGAGCUCGGCCAGGGCCCCACAGCCGUGUUCUUUCCAGCAGGGUCAGUGCUAUUAAUACGAGGAGAGCUCACAGCCCUCAGCCGGGUGAGCCUCUUAAUGCCUGUGGCCUCAGCCUCUGAGGCGGCGGUGGGUCCUUUUCCUUCUGCACGGGGCUCUUGCAGCCCGCACCCUAGCUCCUCAUCUGCGGUGCCGCCUGCCCACCCAUGGGGGGGCAGUUCAGGUGGCCCCUGAGCUGUCCUGGGGGGCUACUGUGGGCCUGAGGGACACAGUGGAGGUGUUCCUGGGAUCACCCUGCUGUCCGCUGUCCUGUGACCCAGACAUGAGCAGCCCCCCAGCUUACCCUGGCAUCAGGAUCUCGGGGUGCUGGGCCCUUGGAGCAGAAGGCAGGUGAGUGGCAGGUGUGUGGUCUCCCGUGGCCGUGGCGAGGCGACUGCCUCUGCUGUGUCUUGGCCGCUCGCAGCCCCGUGCGUCUGUGUCUAAUCGACAUCAGGAGACCAGCAGGCCAGGUGGGUGCUCUGGACGGCCCAGGCUGGGCUGGCCCCAGGAGGGGCUCGUUUUGCUUGGGGCUGUCUGUUACAGGCGAGUCUCUGUCCGUUGUGGCCCGUAAUCCUUCGGUUUGAAGUUACCUUUUGUCACCGUAACCAGACGCACGUCGUCCACCUGGGGAUUGGGAAAGGAGAUCUUGGGUGCGACAUUCCCAUUUCCAAGGUCAUGUCGCUGAGAAAAUGGGGUGAGGCUUGCUCUGAGGUCACAGCGAGGCUUCCUCCCUCGAUCCCAGAGGGAGACGGGGCUUUGGAAAAGGCAGUGGAGCUGGGCUUGGCUGCAUACCCAGCCUGAUACCGUUCAGACCCAUCACACGCCCCAGAUGGGGCGGGUUUCUGGCAAAGCUCUCUCUGGCCUACUUUCCGCUCUUCCUGGCGCAUGGGCACUCUUCCCGGGGACAGUGUCUGCCCCGGGCGGUCGGCAGCAGGAGCCUCAGAAGUCGUCAGUGGUCGUGGCCGUCACUGCCUCAGCAGGACAAGGAACACUCACAAAUAAGGAUUCAGAGUUUCCCGGUGGAGAGGCCGGGCCACUGCCCUGGGGUGAGAAGCAGGGGAUGGGAGCAGGGCCCGUGGCGGACUGCACGGCCGGCCGGCCCGGCUGUGAGGGACGUGUGAGCUGCUGAGCCCUCCUCCUUUGCAAGCCGGGUUUUCCACAUCAGAGUUUUCUCCCAGAAGGCACAGGGGAGGGGGGCGGGGGGCUGGACUUCGUUUUCUGCCCCCCCCCCACCUCCAGGGCCACCGUGGAGCCCUCCUGCUGCCGCCGCCGGGAGGACAGUGCCUUGGGGAGCCCCGAGGCCUGCAGGCCCUGUGUCGUCAGAGGAGCGUAUUCAGUGCCUGGAGACGCCCCUGCACGUUCCCUCCUGCCCCCACCCCUGCCGUGUUCAUCUCCGGCUUAACUGAGCAGGAAUGUGGGGGCACCUCCGGGGCAGCUCCAUGCUGGGCAGAGUCCCGCCCACACUGCUGGGUGGCAGUGCCUGACUCUGGAGCUGCACAGGUGACCCCGAGCACACAGACUGGCCCGUUACGUCUGUUGCUGUCCUGACAGCACGGAGCCAUGACGGCCCUGUGUCGUCUGUCCCCCGGGAUGGUGCCGCGUGGCUCUGUCCCGUGACGCCUGGUGUCUCGCUGCUGGGCCUGGCCGCAGUGUCCCCCCGGCCCUCAGUGCUGCUGGUGUGACCUUCUCACCUUCAGCUUUGACGGGAACAUCGCGUUCCCGCGGUGGAGAUGCCGGGGCCGUUCCAGACGCAGGAAGGCUCCCCCAUGGCCCUCGGCGGCUGGCGGCUGGCGGCUGGCGUCGCCCUCGUGGGCGGGAUUCCUGGCACCCUGUGGCCUCGCGCUGCUGGUGUCGCAGGCUUGGUCUGUGCUUAUGAGACAUUCGAGGCAGCAGGAUCCCAAAUCCUCGUCCCCGGGGCCGUCGUGUUGGUGUCUUGUUCUGGGCGUCCCGUCCUGCUCGCACACUCACACGAAGGUGUGUGCAGGGAGCCCACGGGCUCUGACGCCUGCCGAGCGGGUCCGCGAGGGGACGCUGGGGCCAGCCCAGCCCCUCUUGUGCGGGGGCCGCGAGUGCCUUCUCUCCAGCGUGUUCUGGCCGCGUGCGUCUCCACAGCAGGCUUUCGGGACCAAGCCCGUCCGCUCGGACUGAGACGGGCGUCGCAGAUGCUCGCUCCCCACUGGGCUGCUCGGCCAGACUGAGCCUCCCCAGAGCUGUCCCUAUUGGGACUGAGGCGUCGGGCCCCGGGACGUCAGCCUGUCACCGGGCGCGAGGGGCACAGCGCAGGCCGGAGCGGGGCUGCCAGUGCCUCCGCCAGGUGCGGUUUUCUGGUCGUGGCUCCUGGGGACUUGUGCCGUCUUGGUCUGCAGUGUGCGGGACAGCAGGAAGCAGGGGCUGCUCUGCGGGUCUCCGAGCCCAGGGUCUCUCUCCUGCGCCCAUGGCCUCCACCAGCCCGCUCGGCUUUCCGGUCAGCAGUCUGUCUGUCUGGGAGCCUCUCCCGGCGCGCCCCGCAGGGUGGCAGGGGUUGGGUCUUCCGGAGAGUGUUGUGGGAGGGAACACAGUCCUCGACGGGGUCCUCACUGGCCCUGCUGUGCCUCUCGUCCUCUGAGGGGCCAGGCCCCGGAUGGCCCUCAUUUCCCCUCCUGCCAUUUGCUGUCCCUCUGAACGCAUGUGGACAGUGACCAGCCCAGGCCAGGAGUCCCGUGGAUGGGCUGCAGGUGGCUUUCCUUCGCACCCCCCCCCCCCAGUGGGGUCCGCCCCGCUCGGCCGGGCCCCGCCAGGCCUGGGUGCCUGCAUCAGGGAUGGGCCCCAGGGGGAUGGCGGCGCGGCUGGCCUGGGGCAGAGGCAGGCGUGUCUUCCCCUCUGCAGCAGUAGCGCGGAGUCCUUGGACAGGCUCCUCCCGGCCGUGGGCGGCAGGCGCUCACCCCGGAAGCGCACCACCAGCCAGUGCAAGUCGGAGCCGCCCCUGCUGCGCACCAGCAAACGCACCAUCUACACGGCGGGCCGGCCGCCCUGGUACAACGAGCACGGCACACAGUCCAAGGAGGCCUUCGCCAUUGGCCUGGGAGGUGGCAGCGCCUCCGGGAAGACCACUGUGGCCAGGAUGAUCAUCGAGGCCCUAGACGUGCCCUGGGUGGUCUUGCUGUCCAUGGACUCCUUCUACAAGGUGCUGACCACACAGCAGCAGGAACAGGCCGCCCACAACAACUUCAACUUCGACCAUCCAGACGCCUUUGACUUUGACCUCAUCGUGUCCACCCUCAAGAAGCUGAAACAGGGCAAGAGUGUCAAGGUGCCCGUCUACGACUUCACCACCCACAGCCGGAAGAAGGACUGGAAAACACUGUACGGGGCAAACGUGAUCAUCUUCGAGGGCAUCAUGGCCUUUGCUGACAAGGCGUUGCUGGAGCUCCUGGACAUGAAGAUCUUUGUGGACACAGACUCCGACAUCCGUCUGGUGCGGCGGCUGCGCCGGGACAUCAGUGAGCGUGGCCGGGACAUCGAGGGUGUCAUCAAGCAGUACAACAAGUUUGUCAAACCCGCCUUCGACCAGUACAUCCAGCCCACGAUGCGCGUGGCUGACAUCGUGGUGCCCUGGGGGAGCGGGAACACGGUGGCCAUCGACUUGAUUGUGCAGCACAUGCACAGCCAGCUGGAGGAGAGGAAGCUGCGCUGGGAUAUGGCCGCGCUGGCCUCGGCGCACCAGUGCCACCCCCUGCCCCAGACGCUGAGUGUCCUCAAGAGCACGCCGCAGGUGCGGGGCAUGCACACCAUCAUCAGGGACAAGGAGACCAGCCGCGACGAGUUCAUCUUCUACUCCAAGCGGCUGAUGCGGCUGCUCAUUGAGCACGCGCUGUCCUUCCUGCCCUUCCAGGACUGCGUCGUGCAGACCCCGCAGGGGCAGGACUACGCGGGCAAGUGCUACGCGGGGAAGCAGAUCACCGGCGUGUCCAUCCUGCGUGCGGGCGAGACCAUGGAGCCGGCGCUGCGGGCCGUGUGCAAAGACGUGCGCAUAGGGACCAUCCUCAUCCAGACCAACCAGCUCACCGGCGAGCCGGAGCUCCACUACCUGCGGCUGCCCAAGGACAUCAGCGACGACCACGUGAUCCUGACGGACUGCACCGUGUCCACGGGCGCGGCGGCCAUGAUGGCGGUGCGCGUGCUCCUGGACCAUGACGUUCCGGAGGACAAGAUCUUCCUGCUGUCGCUGCUCAUGGCAGAGAUGGGUGUCCACUCGGUGGCCUACGCGUUCCCACGAGUGAGAAUCAUCACGACGGCGGUGGACAAGCGCGUCAACGACCUUUUCCGCAUCAUCCCUGGCAUCGGUAACUUCGGUGACCGCUACUUUGGGACGGACGCGGCGCCCGAUGGCAGUGAUGAGGAGGAAGUGGCCUCCGCGAGCUAGCCGCCCGCCUGAGCCUUCCUGCCUUGCCCCCCUCCCCCCGGGCUCUUGUGCCUCAGGGCCCUGCGCGCAGGGAUGUCCUAACUUAUUUUACUUAAGAAGGAUGUUACCGCUGUAACUUACUCUAUACAUUUUAUAAAAUAAAGUUUGGGAAAAGGAA